AUGUCUCUUAAUAUUCUCGUCGUUGGGGCUGGAAUUUGUGGCCCGGCUUUUGCAACUCUUCUCCAAAGAUCCAAUCCCAAGCACAAAAUCACGAUUCUAGAGCGCUUUGAUUCCUUGCGUAUAUCCGGACAGCAAGUUGAUCUGAAGACUCAAGCCCCUCAUAUUCUAAGAAAGAUGGGCCUUAUGGAAAAGAUCAAGACGCUUUGUGUGAAUGAGACGGGGCUUGAAAUGGUAGACUCGACGGAUAAGCAGGUCUCCUACUUUCCUGCCACUGCUGCCGGAGAACGUCGCCCGGGACUGACGAGCGAGCAUGAAAUUAUGCGCGGUGACAUGGUGCAAGUGCUUUAUGAUGCCAGUGUCGAGCAAAAUGCAGCAUUGAAGCCCCAAUUGGGAAGCCAAGGGGGUGUAUUGUACAGAUUUGGCCAAACAAUCACGACUCUUGACCAAAACCCGGAUGGAGUGGACGUGACUUUCUCCGACGGAAAUAGACAGGGCUUUGAUCUCGUUGUUGCUGCAGAUGGACAAGGAUCACGAACCAGAAGACUUGCAUUUGGCGAGGAGGUCAGCGACGCAGCUUUCAAAUCCCUCGACAUUCAUGGUGCUUACUUUAGCAUUCCUCGAAUUGAAAGCGAAGGAAGCCUCGCGCGAGGACACCUCGCCCCAGGAAGACGAAUGAUCAUGACCAGAACCAGCGAGCGACCAGUCACUGGAGUUCUUCUGUUUGCAAUGGAACAGUCUGAUCGAUUGAGAGCAUCUUACAAAGAGCACCAAGAGGCUCAAAAGCAAGCUUUUUUAGAGACAUUCAAGGAUAUCGAAUGGCAAACCGAUCGGCUAAUUGAAGGACUGAGAAACUCCGAAGACUUUUAUGCUCAUGAGCUUGGCCAAAUAAAAAUGAGUCAACUUUCCACCGGUCGCGUUGUACUCCUUGGAGAUGCAGGCUACUGCCCGAGCCCCUUUACUGGACUUGGAACCAAUCUUUGUCUAAUGGGAGCCUAUAUUCUUGCAGGCGAACUGGCUAGACAUGGAAGCGAUGUUAAGGGAGCUUUGAAGUCAUACGAAGAUGAAAUGCGGCCUUUUAUAGAUGACUGUCAGCGUUUCUCUGCUGGCAGUCUUGGGCUAUUCUUUCCCUCUUCGAGACUUGGUGUUUGGUCUAUGGGAAAGCUCAUGUGGGUUGUGUCUAAAGUCAACGGACUUUUCCCUCAAUUCCAAAAGGUCGAUAAUCACGAUGGGUGCAUCCCCAAAUACCCCGAAUUAAAACUGAAGGGGUAG